UUCAAUCAUCAGAUGGUCAUUCUAUGAAUCCCCUCCAAAGGACUGCAUUACAAACAGCAAAUGCUCAAUCCACUGGUUACUUUAUAACUCAAGAUUCUUCUUUUGGUAAUUUAAUAUUACCAGUUUUGCCCCGUUUUGAUUCAAAGUCCUAAUGUUCCCGUGUUUAAAAUUAAAGUAUUUAGAAGAACGAUUGCAGUGUAUUUCGGAAUUUGAGAAACCUAAAAUUUUACUGGAACAGUAUAUUACACCUCCACAUCUUAGUUCUCAUAUACUAUAUACUGUGCAGUCUCAAUAUGGGGACAUUGACAGUAAAAUAGUGGCUGAUUUAGGUAGCGGUUGUGGAGCAUUAACAAUUGGAACUGGAGUACUUGGUGCUUCUUUCAUAAUUGGUUUUGAGAUUGAUAGAGAAGCUAUUGACAUCUGUUUAGAAAAUAUUGCAGAACAAGAAUUAACUAACAUAGACAUUGUGAAUUGUGACGUCAUAAAUGGAAUUCCUUCCAGAUUUUACAAAUUUUUUGAUACAGUUUUGAUGAAUCCCCCUUUUGGCACAAAACAUAAUGCUGGUAUUGAUAUAAAAUUCUUAGAAACAGCUUUCAAAUUAUCCAAAAACGUUGUUUAUUCAUUACACAAAACAUCUACUAGGAAACAUAUUUUAAAAUACGCUGAAUCUUUAGGACACAAAGCAGAAGUUUUAGCGGAAUUAAAGUAUGAUCUAUCGUCUACCUACAAAUUUCACAAGAAGAAAUCUGUAGAUAUUCAAGUGGAUUUUUAUAGAUUUAUAUUGUUAAAGUAA